CGGCGGGGCAGGAAGGGGCGGGCCGGGCCGGCAUGGGGGGCCCGCGGCGCCUGCUGCUGGUGUCCAACUCCACCCUGCACGGAGGGGGCUACCUGGGACACUGCCAGCAGCACAUCAAGAGCUUCCUGGGCGAGAAGGUGAAGCGGGUGCUGUUCGUUCCCUACGCCCUGCACGACCGAGAUGCCUACGCCCGGACCGCCAGGGAGAAGUUUGAAAGCCUGGGUUAUGGGCUGGACAGCAUUCAUGAAUCCUGUGAUCCAGUGGAAGCUGUAAGAAAAUCUGAAGCAAUAUUUAUUGGAGGUGGGAACACAUUCCGUCUCCUGAAAGCUCUCUAUGACAACAGCCUGAUACAGGAGAUCAGGAAAAGAGUUCUUGAGGAUGGGAUUCCUUACGUGGGAUCCAGUGCAGGAACCAACGUUGCUACGAUCAGCAUCAAUACUACCAAUGACAUGCCAAUUGUUUAUCCACCUUCCCUGCAGGCCCUAGGCCUAGUGCCUUUUAAUAUUAACCCCCACUACCUGGACCCAGAUGUGAAGAGCACUCACAUGGGUGAGACAAGAGAGGAAAGAAUUCGCCAGUAUCAUGAAGAACCAAACACCCCUCCAGUUCUGGGCUUGCGGGAAGGUGCGAUGCUGCUAGUGGAAGGAGACAAAGCCACCUUGCAAGGAGUGACAGGAGCACGUCUGUUUUUGAGGGGUAAGAAACCAACUGAACAUGAGCCUGGAACAGAUUUCAGUUUCCUCCUGAUUGACAGUAAUCUCCAGAAUCUGUAGCCUUGCAUAUUCUGCAGUAAAAGUCACUUUAUGGGAAUGCAAUGAGGAGGAAGCAGAGAGAUGCUUCUAGUUCCAGGGUGGGUGGAGAACCUUAUCUUUAUAAAUAAAGAUAAAUAUGCAUUAGUGGGCUCUUCUCCCCAACCUCACUCAUGCCUUGGACACCUCUACCAGCAAAAAGUCAAAUUUUAUUGCAAUACUUGAGUAAUCAUAGCUAUUCUUAGUCUGAAAGUGUCUGUACAUCCAUGUAUCCACUUCGAUUACUUCCCCACCAGAAGAAAGUUAUUUCAACACAGCCAAGACUGGAUAGCAAGUCAGCUCUUCCUGCUGCCCAGCUUUACCUGCCAAAUGAAAUAAUUGUUCCUUUAGUGUACUCCACACCCUUAGUUUAAUUUUUGCGCUGUUAAUAAAGGGAGAAGUUAUGCAUUCAA